AUGCUUUCAAAGUCACUCGUUUAUUCCGCGCUCGUGUCUCUGGCAGCCGCGAGAGUUCAGUACUUGGGAGUUGGAAUUGCAGGAGGAGAUUUUGGCUGCCAAAUUGAUGGCUCUUGUCCAACUGGGUCGACACAGCUGCCGCUGAGCUCGCUCGGUGGCGGCGAUGGCGAGGGGCAGAUGAAGCACUUUGUCCAGGACAACCAGAUGAACAUGUUCCGGUUGCCGAUAUCGUGGCAGUUCCUCGUCAACAACAAGCUCGGCGCCACGCUGGACAGCACCAACCUGGCCAAGUACGACAAGCUCGUGCAGGCCUGCCUGGCGACGGGCGCGCACUGCAUGGUUGAGAUCCACAACUUUGCGCGGUGGAACAAGGUAGUCAUCGGGCAGGGCGACGGCUCCGUCACCGACGACCACUUCGUGUCGCUCUGGGCGCAGCUGGCAACAAAGUACGCCGCAGCCGACCGCGUCGUGUUCGAGCUGAUGAACGAGCCGCACGACCUCGACGUGACCAUAUGGGCGGCGACGUGCGGCAAGGCCAUCGCGGCGAUCCGCAACGCCGGCGCGACCACGCACACGAUCCUGCUGCCGGGCACCAACUUCAACAGCGCGGCCAAGCUCGUGUCGAGCGGCAGCGCCGACGCGCUGGCCGCACUGACGAACCCGGACGGCACCGCCGACGGGCUGCUGCUCGACGUGCACAAGUACCUCGACACGGACAACAGCGGCACGCACGCCGAGUGCGUCACCAACAACACGGACGCCUUCGCCGAGGUCGCCGCGUUCCUGCGGCGCACGGGUCGCAAGGCCAUCGUCAGCGAGACGGGCGCCGCGCCGGGCGACGCGGCCUGCCUGGCCAUGUUCUGCGAGCAAAACGCCUUCAUCAACGCCAACGCUGACGUCUUCGUCGGCCUCGUGACCUGGGGCGCCGGCAGCUUCAGCCCGUCGUACCUGCUCAGCGCCACGCCCAGCCGCCAGGGCGGCAAGUACGUCGACAACGACCUGAUGGCGCAGUGCGUGGUUCGGACGUGGCGCGAGGCCAGCGAUGUCGCCGCGGCCCCGCCCAGCAGCAACAGCAACGGCAGUGUCGUGCUCAGCGCCACCAACAGUGGCGACACUGUCGCGGCACCAACCGCACCUGCGGCAGGGACGGGUACGUGGGCCACGGCCAUCACGGCCGCAUCUGCAGCACUUGCGGGCGCCGCCAGCCCUACGACGCUAAUACUUGCCCAACCCGCAGGAGCGUCUGGUCUGGGAGUGCCCACCGGGGGGGAUGCGCCGCACGUGUCGGCGACAAGCGCGCCUGUGGCACCUGACACGGGCGUGUUCCCAACCGCCUCGGCGACGGAGAACGGGACGGGCUUCGUGACUGGGUCUGGCCCGGCGUCGCCCUCGACCUUUGUCAAGGUCAGCUGGGCCGUCCGCGUCCAGAUGGCGCCCAAUGGGCUGCUGUUGCUGGUGAUGGGUCUGGUGGCGGCCGCUCUCGUGUGA